UUGUUAUUGAAGCAGAUAAAGUAGUGACCGAUAUAUUGUAUUCCUUAAUAUUAUACAUGUACAAUGAACCUUGACAUUUAUCUAUAACUGUUUGGUUAGAACGUUCUAAAUUUUAUACAUCUGUAAACUCCUCCCUUAUCAAUAAAUAUACCUUAAACCGAGCUUAAGACUGUAUCAAGAUACCUGCUGUACUACUAAUCCAGUGAGGUGCAAAUGAAAAUUACUAGAUUAAAUAAUUCUUAGUUAUGAUUGCAAAACAAAUAAGCAGGAUUAUAUAACAUUGCAGUAGGAUUUACAGAGCAUGGUGUAGAAAUUGUGAUACACAUGCAUUCAGAUAGAAAAAAAGUGGAAGUUUUUCGAGAUUUGAACAUUUUUUUUAACUGAUCAUGUUGGCACUGGUGGUUGGAGGUCUAGGGAUGACUGGUGUCCUGUAUUUAUUGCUAAAUCUCUGGUGGCCUGGCUGGUACCUUGACUGGUAUUAUCGACGUAACAACAUCAAAGUUGCCAACGGUAUUGUUAAUGCUUUGUCAAAAGGAAAAUUUUUGAUUGAUAUAUUUGAAGAUUUUGCAAAGGCUACUCCAAAGAAACCAUUUAUUAUUUAUAAUGAUGAGAAGUUAAGCUAUGAGUACAUUGACAAGAAAGCAAACCAAGCGGGUCGGGCGGCUAUGGAAAUUGGAAUCAAGCCGGGUUCAGUUGUUGCCAUCAUGAUGUAUAACGAGCCUGGAAUUGUGUGGUCAUAUCUAGGGUUCAUGAAAGUUGGGUACCAGAUUGCUUUCAUCAAUUUCAACCUGAGAGCCCAUUCUCUGUCCCAUUCUGUAAAAGCAAGUGGAGCAAAGACACUCAUUAUUGGAGAAGGUGAUGGUCUUAUUGAAGCAGUAAUGGACAUAUUACCAGAAAUUCCAGAUGUUACAGUGUACGUACGAGGUAAAACUGGCGAGGAAAAACCACCAUCAUUUAUAUCGUUUGACCUUGUAAUGUCAAGAAUGAGUACUGAUCAUAUUGACAAGUCUGUAAGGAAACAUGUGCUGCCAUUUACACCAAAUGUAUAUAUCUAUACAUCAGGAACAACAGGUCUCCCUAAGCCAGCUAUUGUUCCACAUGUUCGCUGUUUAGCAGCUGGCUGUUCCUUUAAUGUAUUUGGUAUGACUGCAGACGACAUCAUUUAUGAGCCGCUACCUAUGUAUCAUUCUGCUGCACUUCUGGUCGGUUUCGGAAAUACUGUUACAAAAGGUGCCACAAUGGUUUUACGAGACAAGUUUUCAGCAACACAUUUCUGGGAGGACUGUAGGAAACACGAUGUUACAAUUAUACAAUAUAUUGGAGAAGUCUGUAGAUAUCUUGUUGCUCAACCAAAGUCCAAACUAGACGGAAUACAUAAGAUAAAAUAUGCAUUUGGGAAUGGGCUGCGUCAAGAUAUCUGGGCAGAGUUUAAGAACUGGUUUAACAUACCAAAGAUUAUAGAGUUCUAUGGAGCUACAGAGUGCCCUAUUGGAUUAUCAAACAUUACAAACAAGUUAGGAGCAUGUGGCCGAUCAUCACCAUAUUUGAGGCAGUUUACUCCAUGUGCCUUUGUAAAGUUUGACCUUGAGGCACAAGCUCCACUGAGAAACAGAAAUGGUUUCUGUGUACCCAUUGGUCCAGAUGAAGUAGGCCUCAUGAUUGUCCCACUGAUAGAAGGAAAGACAUCAUUCCAGGGGUAUCGUGGGAAGAAAGCAGAUUCCGAAAAGAAGUUACUGUAUGACGUGUUUCAGAAAGGAGACAAAUACUUCAAUACUGGGGACCUGCUUAGAGUGGAUAAAGAGUAUUAUGUCUACUUCAGUGAUAGGGUUGGCGACACAUUUAGAUGGAAAGGAGAAAAUGUAUCAACAACAGAAGUGAGCAAUAUUCUUACGGAUGUAGAUUUCAUACAUGAUGCCAACGUAUAUGGUGUGCUUAUACCAGGUACGGAUGGACGUGCAGGGAUGGCAGCUUUACAUUUGAAUGAUCAAAGUCUAACAACGUUAACUCCAGCAAUGUGUGCUUCUCUAUCUAAACACGUUACAGAUGUACUGCCAGCCUAUGCUAGACCUAAAUUCAUCCGAAUCCAAAAAGAACUGACAAUGACUUCAACAUUCAAACAACAAAAAACUUCCCUUGUGAAGGAGGGGUUUGAUGUAACUACAGUUACAGACCCAAUUUUCUAUCUCAACCCAGGAACUCAUACUUACCUGCCCUUGGACCAUGUAGUUUAUACACAAAUAAUGGCAGGAAAAGUACCACUAUAAGUCAAAAAUAAUUACUAUCACAGUACAAUUAGGGGUGUAACGAUACGCUAGUCUCACAAUAGAAUACAUAUCAUGAUACAGAUGCAAUGAUACGGUAUGUAUCGCGAUACACAUUGAGCAUUUCAUGUGACAAAAUGAAAUAGAAACAACAAAGUUCCUACACUUGGAAAGUAGAUCUACUUGAAAUUUUGUUUUAAAGUUAUAGAAACUGUUCUGAAUGAUACAUUUGUUUAGUUACUAUCUUUAACACUGAUUUUAUGCAAGUUUUCAUUCGCUGUUUUUACUUUUCACUAUCGUGAAACAGGUCUAUGAUACUAUAUGCGUAUCGCCAGACUAAUGUUUCGCGAUACAGUGAAUUGCGAUAUAUCGUUACACUCUUAAGUACAAUACUCUGUUUGUUUAUGCAGAAAUAAAAUAUUCAAAGAUGAACAUA